CUUGCUUGCAUUAGCUGGAGUAAUGCGCAACUAUCUGACUCUACAGAAUUUUUCUUUUAAUAAAUGCAUGAUAAAUAAUUAAUAAUGAUAUAAUGCUAAAAUAGUUUGAUGAUUUAAAACCAUCAAGAAUAAGUUUAAUAAGAAAUUUAUAUCAUUAACUUAAUUUAAUAAGCUUACAAAAGAAUGAUGAGCGGAUAGAUCAUAUUCAAUAAGAAUUUCUCUAAACCUGUUCUAAAUAUACAAAAUACUUAUGAUUAAAUUGGAGAUCACUAUCUACUCAAUAUGUACAAAAAUAAUAGAUCAGAUAUGAUUUCCAGCUGGUAUUAAAAAGAUACUUUGACAGAAAAUUAAUUGAGUUUAUUGUCAUAAGAUUAAAUAAGAAAUGUUAGCCUCAUUGAUUUUAUUUGGAAAUCAGUUUUAAUAGCAAAGAGUUAAUUGCCUUUAUAAUUAAAAUAAGCUCAUAUAAUUGUAAAAUCUUACUUUUUUGUAUUUGAGUAGGAUGGUAUGUUUUAUGGAACUGGAGCUAAUAUGACUUAUUAAAAUGUUAGAGAUAAACCACCAUGUCCCAAAAGCUAAUUUAAUAUGGAUUCUAGAUGUUAAGAAUAUUAUAAAUUUGCUACUCAAAAUAAUUUAAUGAUUUCUUCUUAUUAUCCUCCUAUUAAUUUUAUGUAUGAUUCUAACAGUUAGCCUUACAUCUCUUUAGGUAUUUGCAAGAAGAUUUUCUUAUCGUUUGCACAUAUUUCAUAGUAGAAUAUAAGUAUUUCUGGUGAAUAAAAAUAGCAAAUUUAAUCUAUUAUCUGUAACUCAAUACCUGUUCUCUAAAAUUAUACAAUCUUUAAUUUUCCAAAAUAUUUAAAGGCAACUUUUAUUGUACUUGAUCCUUAAACAUUAAGAGUGGUUUUUUAAAGUGAUUAUUUAUAGAAAAACUAAGAAAUGAUAGUAAUAAUGGAAUUUACUUAUGUGAUUGAUAAAAAUAAUAUAGAAAAUGAUCAAGGAAAAUCUUAAACAAUUUAUUGCUUUUAAGAUAGUCUACUUCUAAUGACAAUAAUUCCUGAAGAUUAAUUGAUUUAGUAGACAGCUGAAUUUUAGCAUUUUAAGAACUUGUUUUAAACUUUAAUUUAUACUACACAAAAUAUUUUUGAAUCAAACUAAAGCUCAACAUUAUUGAAUCUAAGUAAGCAAGUCUAGUAUUUCAAAAAGUUCGAAAAUUAUAGAGCUUUAGGUAUUUGCUACAACAACAUAGGAAACAUUCAUUUUGGUUAAGAUUUUGAAGAGAACAAUUAAUCAAAUAGUUAUUUAAGCUAAAAAGUUUAAUUAACCGAAGAAGAUGAAGUAAACCAAGAUCUCUAUCAAAUACUUUUCAAUAGAAAAUAUAAUUAAAUUGUUACAAUGAUAUACUACAUGAUACAAAAUGAAAACAAUAUUCAAAAUUGGGAGAUUGCUGAAAGUUAUAUCAAGUAGUUGAUGAAUAUAAAAAGUAAAAAAUUAGUUUUUAAUAUUAAAGAAAAUAUUAUUUUAAAUCAACUUCUUAUCUAUAUAUUGAUGAAUUAAAAAAAAUUAAAACAGUGUGAUGAUGUUCUAAACAAUAGUAUUUAACUUGAAUAAUAACUAAAGUUGAUAAAAAAUUAAGAAAUUAAUAAUAUGAUAUUAAAUAACAAAUAAUAAUAAUAAUUAAAUUAAUCUAUUCAUACUGAAUAAUUCUUAAAUUAGUAAAAUAAUUAACCUUUUUCACCUAUUCACUUAAGACAAAUAACAAAAUAGGAAAGUUUUUUAAGUGAUAAUCUAGGAGAAACUCCAAGCUAAAAUAACUCUUAAAGAAAUUUAAUUUUUGAAAAUUCUAAAUCUAGCUACUAUAAUAACAUUUCAAACUUUUAAUAAAAAAGCUUAAAGUAAGAUUUUGAUGACUCUCCUAAUUUAACUAAUUCAUAUAAUAAGCAUUCUACAUUCAAUCAAAGGGAUUUAAAAAAAAAAAAAACUAGAAAUCUUUCUUAUUUUCAUGAUAUUAACAAAAGCAUUCAAAUUGAAAAAAAUAUGCAAAUAAUUCCUAAAAAUGAAGUUAGCGAAGAAAUCUAAAUCUCCCCUCAAAAUAGUUAGAUUAAAAUUUUAAGAUAAAAUAACAAAAAAAAAAGUACUAUUGCAUUAUAGAAAUCACAGCUUAAUUAAUCUAACUCACCUAGAAAAUUCUCAAAGCUAAUCUUAAAAAACUUAGACAUGAGUUAAAAUAUAAAAAAAGAAUAUUUAGAAAACAAGGGAGAAAAAGAAAAUUUAUAUGAUUUUAAUGAAGAUAUAAUUCAUGGUAUUGUUUUGGAUUAGAUUGCAACAGUUGCAUUAAGCAAAUAAUAGUUCUAUAAAGCUAGUGAUGCUAUAACUAAAAUAUUAGAAGAAAAAAACGAAGACUAUUUAAUGUAACAAAAGCUUUGUUAAAAUUAAAAAUAAGGUGAUUUACUUAAUGAAUUUAAUCUUAAAUAAGAACUACUUGAUUAAAAUUUGGAUUUGUUAAAUGAAAUAUCAUCACAAAUUUUAAAAAUAUAAAAAUUGUGUUUAAAUAUAAUAGACUAAGUACUUAUUAGAUAAGAUGAUUCUUUUGGAUUUAUCAGUGCCUCUCUUGGAGAUAUGUUCAUCUAGGAGCAUAUCACUCUUAUGAAUUAAAAUUAAUUGGAUAAAAAAUAUCUUAAAUAAUAACUAGUCGAUAGUUUCCUUCAAAUUUAAAAUGAAUUAUUUUUAUAAUUUUAAACAAACAACAUAUUUAUUCAGCCCGAUUAUCACAGUUCAGAAUUUUAAUAAAAAUAAAAGUUUUAAUUCAAUAUUCAAGAAAAAUUCAAUAAUGAAGUAAUUAACAAAGAUUCCUUCGAUUUAAAUUCUACUGAAAUAUUCAAUUAAUCGAUUUAUGAUUCUCAUACUACUAAUUAGAGAUAAAGAAAUUUUUUAUAUGAAAAAAAACAAAGUGAUUAAUUGAAUUUAGACAAACCUAUUUCUUUAAAUUUCACUUAUGAAAUUAAAAUUGAUUCAAGUAAAUAACUUAAAAAAUGUGAUGUUCUCAGCCCAAUUUACGAAGAACCCUAAUUUAAGAAAACAUUUUUUUUAUAAAAUUAAAUUUAAAACAAAGAAUAUGCUAAAGACAACGAAUCUAAUAAAAUGAGAAGUUUUGAAAACUUAAAUGAGUGCAAUUCUAGCUAAUAAAAAUAAUUAAAUUGGAUUUAAAAUUUUGACAUAUAAAGGGAUUCAAAAAAGCCAUUUAAUAAUUAUCAAGCUAGAAUAGCCAAAGUUAAUUAAAUUUAUAAUUAUGCAAAGUAUAAUAUGAAAAAUAAAAAUACACUCCUAGCAGUAAAGAAUAUAAUAUUCUUAAAGAGCAUUACUCCAAAGUUAAGUUGUAUAGCUCUUGAUAGCUUGAAUUUAAUUGAUUAAGAUGACCAAUAAUUCUAGUUUUUAAUUAAAAACCUUAAAGAUUUAUAAAUAGAAUUAUGCAUUCUAAUUUAAAGCUCAGAGAUAACAAUCAAAGAGCAAAAAUAACAAAAUUCCAUGAUAUUGCUCCACUUGUUAUUGAGCAUUUUUGAACAAAUAAUAACUGAUUCGUUAGAAAUGGGACAAAUUUUUUAUCCUAAAUUUAAUUAAUCAUCUAUAAUCUGA